AAGCGGUAAAUCUAGUCUUCCCGACUCCCGACGCCCGACUCCAGACGGUCCCGGAUUUUGGUUUUUUGGCGAUUUCUUUUUUUAUCGAUGCACAGAAAAUCUUCAAACUUUUCAGGCUUUAGACGACCAUACUUUAAAAAUGUGGGCACUGUCCAUGUUAAAUGUACAGACAGUGCUGGUGGCAGUUGUGGUGGGGCUGUUGAUAUACUACAUAAGAAGAAGAACCCUCUACCGCCUACCCCCGGGGCCCUGGUGUAUCCCACUCAUCGGCCAUUUCGAAGUUUAUACCAAAGAGUUGGUACACAGAAUAAUCCUCAAACUUUCCAAGAAAUAUGGACCUGUAUUUCGUCUGUCAUUUGGACCAACACCUUUUUUAUUUCUAAACAACUAUGAAGUUGUGAUAGAGGCAUUGGUGAAAAGGAAAGCCGACUUUACAGGAAGACCAUCUUCCACAGCAUUUUCUUUGAUAUCCGAGGGUUUCAAAGACAUAGCGUUGGCCACGUACUCGCCUAUGUGGAAGUACCAUCGGCGAAUAGCCACGAAGGCUCUAAGGAAUUAUUUACAAGGUGAUCUCUUAGAGAAACUUACUCAGGACAACAUGACAAAAGUGAUGAACAUGAUGGCGGCGGAGAAGGGACCUUUUGAACCCAAGCCUCACUUAGAUAACAUUGUCUUUUACCAGUUAUAUACGAUUUGCUUUGGAGAAAAAAAGGAUAUCGGUGAUGAAGACGUGGAGUCUAUUAUCAGAAAGAAAGACUUGGUUAACAAAGCCAUUGGAAAUGGUAUUCGGGAGGAUCUCUUGCCCUUCUUGAAGGACGUGUGUCCGUCAGAGCGUUACCUCAUUAUUAAAAGAGAGACAGACGUCGUAUUCGGAUUCUUUUAUGAGAAGUUAGAUGAACACAGAAAGACCUUUGAUCCCGACAAUAUUCGUGAUCUGAUCGACCAUCUGCUUUUGGCAAAAUCUGAGGCAGAACAAGCCGGCGACGAAGAAUCCAUGGAAAAGCUGACUGACACAUACUUAGUGCAAACCGUGUCAGACAUAUUUUUCGCUGGAGUGGACACUACCAGACUGACGUUAGAAUGGUUCCUCUGCUUUAUAUCUGGAAUACCGGAAAUCCAAGCCAAAUGUCAAAAAGAAAUCGAUCAAAAAAUUGGAAAACGUUGUCCCACAAUAGCAGACAGACAAGUUUUAUCCUAUACAGAGGCAUGUCUAUACGAAACUUUAAGACUCGGUGUUAUAGCGGGACUUGGUUUACCCCAUACUACCAUCUGUGAUACCCAAGUUGGUGGCUACGAUAUACCCAAAGAUACAGUCGUUAUGAUCAACCAUUAUGCAUUACAUCGAGAUCCAAAAUAUUGGGAAAAUCCCGAGAAAUUUGAUCCUUAUCGAUACUUAAAUGAAGACGGAAAGGUAGAUCCUACCAAACUGGACAGUUGGCUGCCAUUUUCUGCUGGAAGGAGGAUGUGUUUGGGUGAAUCUAUAGCCAAACCGGAAAUCCUGAUGAUGUGCGUACAUCUUUUGCAACGUUUCAACAUUUUACUUCCGUAUGGUGUUAAACCAAAUUUUGUUGGUGAACAUCUUUCUGUGUUCGGAGCAGAAAAGCCAAUGGACUUAAGGAUAGUUGUUAAAGAACGAAAUAAUAGUAGCAUUUAAGUACAAAGUUUCUCUUUGCUGUUUCAUGGUACGCCUAGACAGUUUCUAGAAAGACCUGUUUCGGGCAUGAAUCCACAUGACUUACAUGCAAAGAAUAAUUUUUUUGCAGUAUAAUUAAUUAUGUACAAUAUAAUUAAUAUACAUGUAAAAUGCAUUAAUUAAG